AUGAGAUACCUUCGAAGCGCGAUGCGAAAAUCGAAAACAAGGAAACCUCCCCCACUAUACGUUCAAACGUACUCGAGAGAAUCAUCACCGCGUUGUUCAUCCGUCAUUUCGGACUGCGACGCGGACGACGAGGGCUUCAUGUCGUCAGGAGAAUAUUUACCGUCGAGUUCGAAAUCUCUCAAUCUUUCGAUCCCACCUGGCCCUUAUUGUCCCAGGCGACCAACGUUACAAGAGGUCUUGUCGGAUGCUGCACCACCACCAUGGACGUUGAGCGCCUUCAUGGCAUACCUGUCACAGAACCAUUGUUUGGAAACCUUAGAGUUUACCAUGGAUGCCACCAGAUACAAGAAACAUUAUCAGGCGACAUACGGCCGGGAUCCAUACUCACCACUAUCCCCAACCGAUCAAGAUUCCGAAUAUGUACGAAUGUUAUGGCGAAAGUUGUUGGAUGCAUACAUUGCGCCAAAUGGGCCACGAGAAGUAAAUCUACCUUCUGAUGUUAGGGAUCGAUUAAUUCAUUUACCGAACAUAUACGAGGCGCCAGACCCAAGAGAAUUGGAUCAAGCCGUCAAGAUCAUAUAUGAGUUGAUGGAUGAAUCUGUGUUGGUUCCAUUCUUGAAUUCAAUUGCUCCUCCAUCACGUGCCUCCGAUCACAGCCCGUGGGCCUCGAAUGAGUCAUUUGGUGACGCUGCUGCCAUGGCCGAAUCUUUGGAAGAGCGAUCUAUGUCUCAUUCUCGACUACGCACGAGAAAGGGAAGUCCACCUCUCAGUGGAGAUAAGAUGUCUCAUUCUCACAGCCUUCCAUCGCAAAGACCACCUCAACAUCCACAUCUUACUGCUGCAUUAGGUCGCGUAACUUCUGCUCGCUUAUCAACAUUCAUGUCUGGAUCCUCAGGAACCUCCUCAAUCGAAUCCGAAAGUCUCACAGACGACACUGAUUCGCCAUCUCCAAUGGAACCCAUCACUCCUCCAACCACUCCACCAACUUCAGAUACUGGUUUCGUAAGUGAUUCGCCUGGAACUAGCCCACGUCAUUCUCGUGAAGGAAGUGUUAGCUGGAAGAAGGUGGGUGCGAAACUCGGUUUCAAGAAGAGUCGAUCUGCUCAUGGAUCGACAAGUAGUUCGCGACGCCACAGCGUGAGUGAUGAUCAAAAUGGUAGUCAACCAUGA